CUGCAGUUUUCUGUGUUAACCUGGUGCAAAGAAGCAAUGGAUUCGGAGACUACAGGUUCAAAGGGUUCCUCUGGAGUGAGAAUAGUGACUCGUAAAUCACUCUUCGAUAAGAUGAAGAAUGAAAAUUUACGUAAUUUAGAAGAAAAGCUAUGUUUUUUGAGAGACCACCUUUUAACUCAAGACAACCUUAGUGAAAGUCAGUUAAAUAAACUGAAACGCAAUUUUUCACAUUUCAAAUCAGAAAUGAAGCAAAGGUGGAUUAAAUCGCACAAAAAAGAAGAGGUUUUCUUAACAAACAACCAUCUUUGGCUGGAAGGCAAUUUCGAAAUUCCAGUCACAACUAAAAAUCGUCAAGGUCGCCCUCGUAAAUCAUUUGGUGAAUCUAGCGAAAGGAGCAAAAGAAGAAAAACUGAAGAGAUCCGCUCCAAUGUAGAAGAUGGUGUUAUAGUUCACGCAGCUCAAGUUGAACUGAGAAAAUCGGGAAAACGUGAUGCUUCCCGCGUUCUCCAAGAUAUAACAAGCUCUCCGACGCGUGCAACGAAGUACAAAAAAGCUUUCGAUACCUCUAAGUGUGGAAAAUCAUCGCGUCUAACCCCCAUGGAAGCUUUAAAAAUGUUUAUAGAUGCAGAUUUAACACGAGCACAGUAUGAAGUUAUAAGAAACACGAACAAGAAGUUUUCCCGUGUUAUAGCCUAA